UAGCAUAUUGACCACACCUUCUUAUAAUUAUUCAUGAAUAUUAAAAGUAGGCGUGGUGAUACACUUUGAAAAAAUUACAAGCAAAAAGAUGUCUAUUACAUUGGGUCUAACACACCACGAGAAGUAUAUUCAAGAAUAUUUGGAGUUUAUGCGCGGGAAGAGAAGAGACUGUAUCCGCUCAGUUGAGUCAUCAUUUGAAUCAUUGACAGAGGCCAGACUAAUGGAGGACAACACUUUUACCAGCACUGAAGUUCAGGAGAUGGUGAGUGGUAUAUGGACUGCCAUUGAAGUUGAUCUAGAGGCUGAACUGAUCAACAGUAGCCACAUGAGCGCCAUCUUAAUGAGGCAGCUCUUUCAACAGGCGGAGAGAGUACACAUGAGAAUGCAACCACAGAUUGCAGAAAUUGAAAACAAAGUUGUUCUUGAAGAAAUGGCUGCUUAUGAAAGACAGCAGGCCUCAGACAAUAAGAAGAAUAUCAGUGGGAGGAAGCAGCUGGAGCCGAUUGCAUUCACAGGAUCAGGAGAAUCUGCUCUACUACAAAAAGAAAUUGAUCGUUUGACUGCUGAGAAUAACAAGUUACGUGAAAGGAUACAGUUCCUUGAAAAGAAGGCUACUUCUUUUCUUGAAGAGAAGGAUAAAAUAAAAUCCAAGCUGCAAGUAUCAUCAUCAAAUACGAACUCCUCCUCCUCUAAAGAUGAAGAGGUCCUUGCGUUACAAGAAGCAUUUGCUGCUCUUCAAGUUCAAUACUCUGUUACUCAUCAGCACUCGUCAGAACUUCAAGAAAAACUAUCAACUACGAAUGAAGAGUUGCUGCGGGUAAGUGAGGAAUUGAAAAGGGCCAACGAAGAACUUGACAAGAAGAUAUCUCAAACCAACCAGUUUCAAACUUUAAAGAAACUUCUAGAAUCAAAGAACGAGCAGCUGAAAGAACUGAGGACUAAGCUAAAAGCUCAAGAUAGCCAGUGAUUGUUCAGUACUGUUGAUAUGGCAACCCGAUCUUCUUAUGAUAGACAAUAAUUAUUGAUAAUUUUAAAGAAGAAGAAUUUAAAGAAUUUUAUUAAUGGUUAUGUUGUUACACGUGCAUACUUCAA